CCAAAACCUAGCCCAAUCGGGUAUAUAAAACAUCAAAUUUCCAGCUAAGAACAUCAUAACAAUUUAAACUUUCAAGAAAGGCAAUUGCAAAAUAAUCAUGAAGACUUUUAUCAGCUUAGCAGUUAUUUGCCUUUUCGUCACGGUUUUUGCCAAACAUGAACUUACAGAGGAACAAAGAGCUGAAAUGAAAGCUAAUGUUGAGCUAUGUGCCAAGGAGGAAAAUAUUUCCGAAGCUGAAGUUACAAAAUUCAUGAAAGAGGAUUACGCCAAUCCCACCGAGGACUUCAAAUGUUUGACAACUUGCUUCUUCGAAAAGGAAGGUACAUUGAAGGAUGGCGUAGUUCAAGAAGAAUUUGUAAUCAAAAAAUGGGGUCCCACCAUCGGGGAGGACAAUAUUAAAAAGAUAUACGAAAAAUGCCAUGGUAUUAAGGCUGAAAAUCGUUGUGAGACUGGUUUCAAAAUUCUUGAAUGCUGCAAGCAAGCUAAAGAGGCUUUGUAAAUCGUUUUGAAAUAGAAAAUUGAAACAAUAAAAAUUAAAAAAAAAAAA